AUGGCUUCGUUAUACACAUUACAGAAGCGCCUCCUCCUCCCCCCUGGACCUCCUUCUGUCAUCUUGAAGACGCAGGAUACAGUAGAAAAAGCCCCAAGACAAAAACCACAACCUCCGCCUCUUGCCAUACCUCCUAAGGCAUACAUCUCAGAUGAUCAGCGACCCGCUACUCCACCGAGCCCUCUUACAUCGUUCUCUACACGCAGUCGAGCCGCUUCGCCGACUGAAGUACCGUUGCCACGCUCCAGUACGACCUCACCAACACUCGUCCGUAGUAACAGCGGCGCUACGCCGGUAAUGCGCUCAAUGUUCCCUCGCUACGACCCUAACGUACCUUUUACACAACAGCAAUAUCGACCUGAUAUAGAAAGGGUGCCUGGAUUAGCAAGCGCUAUGGCUGUGGCAGGAACCUCUUCCUAUCGUCCGCCCUCAUAUUCACAGCAAGCAAACAAUCGUCCUAACUCGGCAUAUCUGCAAUCAGAGAGAGAAAGACUGAAGGCUGCAGACGUCAAAGAAUCACCAUUUCGAUCUGCAGAUAAUGCCGAACACGAACCGACGCUCUCCAGUCCUGAAGACCUUCUGGACCUAUGGGACAUUGCCAAUGGCCAGACAGCCUCGGAAGAAGUGGCUGAUACAUAUGUUUUAGAGCUAAGCUGCGAUGAUUUGACCGUUGGCCGAGAAAUAAUCACCUUCAACGCCUCCACCUCGGACCCAAUCUACACCCUCGAAGCCUCCCACUCCAACAUUACCGUCUCCCGCACCCACCCCGGGAACCGCAACCCAACCAUCCAAAGCACGACGUCAACCCUCGAAAAGCCCACAUCGGCAGAUCCCCUCGUGACCUGCAUCUUUCCCAAGUUAGCCGGCUUAAUGGCCCUCGACCACUCCUCCAACGUAGCAGUCGCUCACAAGCUCGACCGCAAAGCGUGCGCUGAUCUGCAAGCCGAAGCUAUCGGCAGGGCUCAAGAGCAGGAGGCCAGCAUGCUGCUGUGGGACAGCGACAGUAACAAAUACUGCCUCAUGCAUCCGACUUUGCUCGACUCGGCGGCUACAACGCUCGCAAUCGAGAUCACACCUAACCCUUCAAACCCGCAGAGAAUCACAAUCUUCGCCCCAGAAACCCACACGCCCCUCCUCGCCCUCUCCCUCCAAACACUCGCACUGACCCUCCACCCCCCCGCGAUCACGGCCCUCCCAUCCCUCUACAUCCUCGACACCCUCAUGUCCACCCUCCUCGCCCUCCUCCUCCAUCUCCACCGCUCCUGCGCCCCUCCAAGCCCAUCCUCCCACGCCGUCCCCACCUCCCCUCACCGCCCCCUCUUCCCACCGCCUCCGACCCUCGCGUACGACCCGCCCCGCUCGUCCCUCGGAAACGACAAAAGAUCCCCGUCCCGUUUCUCCGUCUUCCGAUCCACAAAGUCGAUCGGGUCGGACCGCUCUCUGCACUCCGCCUCGGCCUACGGGCAGGAUAUCGAGCUGCAGUUCCUACCGCCGCACCGAGGACCGGAGACGGUGGGAGGGAAGAAGACGAAGCGUCAGCCGCCGAAGCAGAUCUUCUCGACGGAGGACGAGAGUUUGCCCAAAACGACGAGGGCGGUGCUGAAGUUGCUGUAUUGGGCUUUCGAAGUGUUGUUCUGGUUCAUGGGCGUGGUGGUGCAGUUGCUCGCCGCCGGGGUGGUGGGGGCCGGGAAGCUGGUUACGAAAUUGUGA